CAGCAAGGGAUGUAAGUAGAAGCGCAAGGAUAUCACUCCUGCUGGAAAAUCACGUUCGAUAGUCGAUAGAGUGAACUUUCACGUCAUGUCUUCAAAAUUCUUUGAAAUUCUCACUACCUUUUUGGUGUUGUUCACUGUUCACACAUCUGCAGCUGAACGUUGUGGCCACAGGCCUCCGCGACCUAGAGGACGAAUUGUAGGAGGCCACGAGACAAAACCGGGCGACUACCCCUGGCAAGUGGCCAUUAGCUUCAAAACUGGUGGCAAAACUAUACAUCUAUGUGGAGGAGCGAUCUUGGAAGAACGAUGGGUUAUCACUGCUGCUCACUGCUUUCGAACGACAGACACAUCAAGCUACAUCUUCCGGGUAGGGGAUUUCGCUAGAGAUGUGAAAGAAGAGGGCGAGUUCGACAUACCAGCAGAUAAGAUCAUUGUGCAUAGGAAGUUCAACAAAGACACAUUCCAAAAUGAUAUCGCCUUGGUACGCCUGAAACGACCAAUCAACUUCAGAAGGAAUCCGCAUUUGGUGCCCAUCUGCCUCCCAGAGUCAGGAAUGGACUUCAAGGGAACCUGGUGUAUGGCUACGGGAUGGGGCGAUCUAAAGUACAGAGGACCUUCUGCAAAGAAACUCAUGGAGGUGAUGCUACCCGUGUGGGACCAAGGGGAAUGUCGUAACGCCUAUAAAGCCUACAACCAAGUGAAAGAUAGCAUGUUUUGCGCAGGUUACAAAGAAGGAGGAAAAUCUUCCUGCAGCGGUGACUCCGGAGGCCCCCUUCAGUGCUCUUCCGACCAGAAGACAUGGUACCUGGCUGGUGUGGUGUCGCAUUCAGUGGACUGCGCCAUGCCUAAUACCCCUACGGUGUUUACAAGGGUGUCUUCGUUUCGAAGAUACAUACUGUCCGUAAUAAAGAAAUACGGUUAAUAAACGAUCCGUAUUCUGACGGAA